AUCGCACGGAGAGAAGAGACCUCGAGAGGACAACAACCCGGAGACAAACAGGACAAGCAGAGGAACAGCUCGGUGGUCGUCUGUCUGCCCCCCCCCUGCACUCUCACUCGUCCCCGCCAUGGCCUGGACUAAAUACCAGCUGUUCCUUGCGGGACUGAUGCUCACAACUGGAUCCAUCAACACAUUAUCUGCAAAAUGGGCUGAUAUGUUCUCGGCAAAGGGUUGCCGCGGUGACCCCGAACAUGGAUUCUCUCACCCGUUUGUACAGGCGGUGGGAAUGUUCCUGGGUGAGUUCAGCUGUCUGGCCGUCUUCUACCUCGUACUUUGCCAUGACAGACGCAGACCGGAGCCCAAGGUAAACCCGGGGCAGAGCUUCAACCCUCUCCUCUUCUUCCCCCCCGCCAUGUGUGACAUGUUGGCCACCUCCAUCAUGUAUGUUGCACUCAACAUGACGAGCGCCUCCAGCUUCCAGAUGCUGCGCGGAGCCGUCAUCAUAUUCACGGGUCUGCUCUCUGUGGCUUUCCUGGGGCGUCGCCUGGCACCCAGCCAGUGGCUCGGCAUCUCCAUCACCAUCCUGGGCCUGGUGAUCGUGGGCCUCUCCGACUUCUUCACGGGCCACAGUGACGACCAGCACAAACUCAGUGAGGUCAUCACAGGAGACCUUCUGAUCAUCAUGGCUCAGAUCAUCGUCUCAGUACAGAUGGUCCUGGAGGAGAAGUUUGUCUACAAGCACGACGUCCAUCCCCUUCGUGCUGUCGGGACUGAAGGUUUCUUUGGUUUCGUCGUCCUGUCCCUGCUGCUCAUCCCCAUGUAUUUCAUCCAUGUGGGCGACUUCAGCAGCAACCCCCGGGAGGUGCUGGAGGACGCGUUGGACGCCUUCUGCCAGAUCGGACACCAGCCCCUCAUCAUCUUGGCUCUGCUGGGCAACACGGUCAGCAUCGCCUUCUUCAACUUCGCCGGCAUCAGCGUCACCAAAGAGAUCAGCGCCACCACCCGCAUGGUGCUGGACAGCCUGCGCACGCUGGUCAUCUGGGUGGUGAGCCUGGCGCUGGGCUGGGAGCACUUCCAGGGCCUUCAGGUCCUGGGCUUCUUGGUCCUGCUGCUGGGCACGGGGCUGUACAACGGACUGCACCGCCCCCUGCUGGCCAGGAUACCGUGCUGCGCCGGCCUUCUGAGCGUGGCUGAGGAGAGCAACCCCGGAGAAAGAGAGAGACUGGUGAACGACGGCACGGUGGAGGGGGGUGACGAGAGCUAAAGACUUGUUUAUGGUCGACACGCUCGGCACAGCGGACCGAACUCUCUCUCUAAAGACACUGCACCUUUCAUGAGCCCUGUCAGGUAAAGUCUUUUUUAAAUGGGUUUCUUUUCACACCUCAGAUUUCAACUGACCUCACACUUUGCUGUAAUAUAUCAGAGUUUGGAAACCUUUAAAAAAACAAUGUUUUGGGGAAAUGCACUUAUUCUCUUGUCGAGUGUUUAAUGAGAGGUUUUAUAACCACUCUCACUCUGUUGGUUGAAUAUGAGCCUGGAAAAAAAUACAUGGUAAGCUUGGCUUAGCUUAGCGUAGCACAAAGUGUGGACACAGUUAGCCUAAGCUAAGCUAAUGGUAACUUCAUACAGACAAACGAGUGUCAUCAGCUCAGCAAUAGCAUAAGUGCAUUUCCCUAAAUCUCAACUAGACGAUUGAGAGGGUCGUCUGAACAAGCUUUUAUAUCACAAUAUGGGUUUUUAGGGAUUCUUUUAAUUUAGAGAUUCAUUUUUUGUGUCUGAAUCAGAAAUUGUAAUUUGAAAAGAUAAUGUAAAGCCAGUAUCUACAUUUGCUCCCUUGUUUUUAUUUUUUUUUUUAAACUUGAACUGACUGAUUUGUAUGUGGUUUUUAGAACUAUAUCACUAAAGCACAUGUUUUUAAAAAAUACUGACAAAUGACAAUUCAAUUUUGACCAUUCAGACGUUUUAUGCUGAUUUCAGUAUCAUGUGGUUUCUGAUGUCGACUCAAUAUCUACUGCAAUGGUCCACAAUGCAAAUUUUAUUUGUUUUUUCGAUGUGUACUAAGAAUUUGUAUUUUUAAUGUUGCUGACCGUGCAGUAGACGUGUGCCAAAAAAAUAAUGUCGGUGCCAUUUCACUGCAGCUGCACUAGAGAGAAAAGUCACAAAACUGCAGAACCACUUUUUUUAGCAGAUAUACAGAAUGUUAGAGAAUAACUGUAACUGUAUAUUUGAUCCUUCGACACCUCUGGAUCUGCACUUGUUCUUGUAAAUCCUGCUUCUCUCUUCCAUGGUCGGAGACUUUGGCUGUAUUGUUCAAUAAGGAAAAAAAGGGAACUGUCAUUAAAUCACUUAUUGAAUGGUA